AUGUCAGCCUUAUACUCCGUAGUCGUCGUCGUCCUCGUGCUAUGGCUUAUGAUCAACACCGGCUGUAGAGGCGCAAGGAUUGUCCCCACGACAUCUCGCAACUGUGACUGGGUGUUCCUUGAAGGAUCCAAUGCCCCGCUCGUACACCAAAGUCAAUCUUCGGACACAAAACUUGGAAGGUCGUUCGUGGAGGUGCUGACGAAUGGGGAGACGGUGAAGAGAGUCGCGCUAGUGGGUGCAGCCGAGUCGGAUCUCGUCAAGGCCAGUCCAAGUGAUCUCAAAAGGCUGAAAAACACGCAGUACCUUACAGGCCGGAUCCCCGGAUUACCCGGAGGCUGUGUAAGGGAGAAAGUUCUGGUCCGCCUGUUCCCGGCUCAAUCGACAGCACUUCUUAAUCGCAUCCUUCGUUCCGACGAAGCCUCCCGGCGACGCCUCCCGGCGACGCUAUCGUUUACAGAAUCUGCCCUUGAUUGCUUCUCAAGUCUCGUUCUGAGCCUCGAUCAGGACCCGCGGUCUUGCUCGUCCCCUUACACGGCCACGCCGUCAAAGAUGUCCGCCAGCAGCGGAAAGUACACCAUUGUAUCGGGCGACACUUUCUUCGCAAUCGCCCAGAGGCUCAAUGUGGAUGUUGCAAGUAUCCAGAGCAUGAAUCCAGGUGUCCGGCCUGAAUCACUUCAGGUUGGCCAAGUCAUCAACAUCCCAGGACCGGCCGGACAUCCUGUCCCUUCUUACCCGGCACCAACUUCAGCUCCCUCCGCUGGAACGUACACAAUCACUUCAGGCGAUACCUUUGACGCCAUUGCCAGGAGAAUCGGCGUCGAUGUCGCCAGUGUGCAAGCCUCGAACCCAGGAGUCAGACCGGAAUCGCUGCAAGUCGGGCAGGUGAUCAGAGUCCCGCCCAAGCCUGCCGCCGCAAGCAGCAGCCAGCAUGGAGCGAUCAGGCACACCCACCAGCACAUUGCUGGCUACGAGAACAUGUCUGGCCCAUGCACCAACUUUCCCCACCCGCAACGCUGGGCCAGCUAUGAGCACCUCCUCAGAAUCAACGAGCGCCUGAUGCUCCUCUCGUCCUCACCCAGCGAGGUCGCCGCGAUCAAGAAAUGGAUCCCGAUCGUCGCCUACGAGUCCGGCGUCGACCCCCGAGUCAUCCUCUGCAUCAUCAUGCAGGAAUCAGGUGGCAACGUUCGUGUACCAACUACGCUCUCGCCCGCGCCGGAUUUCAUCAAGAACACGGGCUUGAUGCAAGCCCACAACGGCCAGGAAUGGGACGCCAGAUACCCAGAGUGGUGUAUCGAGAGAAUGAUCCGAGAUGGGGCGCAGGGAACGAGGCAUGGAGAUGGACUGAUCCAGUGCUUUCACAAGUGGGAUCGUAAUUGGUAUCAUGCGUGUAGGGCGUACAAUUCGGGGAGGGUGAACAGGGAUGAUUUGUCGGAUGGGAUCACUGCGACGGGCCACUAUGUCGAGAGGGUUGCGAAUCGGUUGGUAGGGAAUACGUGGGCGGGUAUGUGA